CGACUCGGCUCACCAGAUUCCAUUCUCGUCGUGUCCGUGUACGGUGCCGGUUGUGGUUAUACGGUCGCUCGCCAGCAGCGCGGCUAGUCGUGUGCAGCAGCAGUAGCAGCAUCAUCAUCAUCGCGCGGUGUCGAUCGACUCAAACGCUGUCCGGAACGCGGGCUGUAAACAUCUGUGCCGCAUCAUUAUCUCUUAGCCAUCCGCCAAGUCGCGAACAAAAGCCAGGGGAAAACAUAAUGUGCCAGCUGCGUUGCGUUCGUUCUGCCGGCUAGUUUGUGUGUGCGUGUGUUUGUGUGUGCCUAGGUGGUAGUGCAGUGGCAGCUGCAUGCGGACAGCCGUAUCGCGUUGAGGCCCCUUUUUUUUUGGUCUGUGCCCUGCUGCUUCACAUGCUGGCACAACGGCUCAGCGUUAGAGCUCACACCAACCUUUCAAGGGUGGACACAAGAUUGUCUGGGCUGGGCUGUUGAUGGUUGCGAAGAAAUUGCUGGUGCAGAACAGAUUGCCACACGUGUGGUUUUGCCAGGUACAGCAGGUGCAUUGGCUCUCAAGUUUGCUGUGUGUUGAUGUCCAAGUCAAAACGAGUGUGCAUUUUCUAUUGACGAGCAACUAAGUCCAAGGAGAGCAUUCAAAAUAACAACAAAGUCUUGUGAUGAUAACGUUUCCAACGCUCCGGAAGCAGUAUCCAGUCGGUGCGAAAGUGUUGUUAUCGUGAGUCUGUGAGAAAAAGCUCAACGCCUUCGACGGAUCAGCUGUUUAUCAUCCCUUCUUGCGCUGGGGAGGUUUGUGAGGAACGUAUUUUUCAGCGUGUGCCACCCCGAAACAGAACGCCUUCCGGUGAAACACGUGCGCGCGUUCACGACCUCUCUCACUCUCUCUGCGUGUCUGUCGCGCUAUCUCACUCCGUCGUUAUCCUUUCCCGGCUAUCAAGAAGUUUUGGUUUCGGAACGCUUUGAGUGGGUGUUUGGGUGCAAGUGUUUCAGUUGCCGGCUUUGGAAGAAAUCAACUCACCCAUCGUCUCAACGUCCCCAGCUUGUGACAACGUGUCCCAGGAACGGAAAAAGAUGGCACUUGAUGGUAAAGCGAUUAAAGAGGAAAUACCAGACAAGGAUACAUACGAGUCUAGUGCUCGCAAAUUGAAAGCAGCAGGCAAAGAACAAUGCCGCACACCGGACUCACCGGAGGGGGCCCGCGUCGUCGCACCCCGCUCGCCCAUCUCGCCCCAGAUCUCGCAACAUCACAGCACGCUGGUACCGCCACGAUCGGCCUCGUCACAAGUCAAUCGCCACGGGAGCUCAUCCCCGACCGGCACUGUCAAUGGCAGUGGCGGUAGUCUUGGCAGCCUAACGCCACCGCCCGCCAUUACGCCCGCGUCGGCUGCCGCUGUGGCUGCGGCGGCUGCCGCGGCCGCCGCCCAGCAGGAUACGGCCAAGCUGCUGAAGAUCCGCCGGUUUCUGGGGGCGCUCGUGCAGUUCGGGCAGGACGCGAACGUGGACACCGGUGAUCGGGUGCGCUCGCUGGUUCUGUCACUAGCGAGCGGUACCAUCACGGUGGAUGAAUUUCAACUCGCAGUGCAAGAAGCGACAAACUUCCCGCUCCGUACCAACGUAGUACCGUUCCUGAAGUCACACGUUCCGGUGCUGCAACGAGAGAUCAACAUUCUGGCACGAUCAAACAAGCAGACAUCUUCACAGUACGUACGAGCCAACGAAAGCAGCGUGAUGGAGUACGUACAGAACUUAGCCGAAACGGCUGAAAUAUUCUUGCCCCACGAGGGCACCUUCGCCUCCUCGGUGACAGCUGCGGCGGCGGCAGCGGCAGCCGCAGCUGCGGCAGUGGCUAGUGGUGCUGCCGCGGGAGGACCUGCUGCCGGUGCAACCGUCAACGGGUUGGGACUGAAACGACGAGCUUCUGAUAACUUAUACGACACACAUUCAUCGGGACCUCCGGAAUGGAGUGACUACGUGCUGCCACCAACCAAACGUCCCCAUCCGUCGCUGUUGCUGGCGUCCGGUGCAUCACAGCUCUAUCCCGGCCAUCCGGCUCUCUUCGAAUAUCAAAACGGUGGCCUACAUCCACAUUCCGAUGGUUUGCAUUCCAUUCAUCGAGACGAUCGGGAUUUGCGGGCCGGCUCUACCGAAUCUCAUCGACCACCGAGAAUUCCACCCGGUGGAGGCAGUGGUGGUGGUGGUGGUGGAGGCGGUGCUGGCGGUGGUAGCAGCGGUGGAAGUACCGGUAACGGUACCGGAGGUAACAGCAGUAUAGGCGGUGGCUCGAUCGGUGGAGCAAGCGGUGAGGAGGAGUGGAAAAACAUUCACACAAUGCUGACCUGCAUUUCGGCGAUGGUGGAGAAGACGAAGCGAGCCAUCUCGAUACUGCAGCAGCGUGGCAUCGAUAAUAGCCAUGCGCGCGAUCAUCAGGACACCUCGAUGGCGGACAUCAAGAGACAAACGGAGGAAAAAAUAUCCGAGUUCCGACGCACUGCGGAAGAAUCUGUUAAUCAGGUUAAGCGACAAGCUGUUAUGGAGAUACAGCGUGCCGUUGCAGCUGCCGAAGCCAGAACACUGGAGAUGAUCGCCCAGGAACGGUUAAAGAUGGAGAAGCUGUACGCGGACAUACAUCGCAACAGUGCCGAUGAUGCGGAGCCUCCGAUUACGAGCGGCAGUCAGAAUGCAUGCUGGAACUGUGGACGAAAGGCAAACGAAACCUGUUCCGGCUGUAAUCUGGCCCGGUACUGUGGAUCAUUCUGUCAGCACAAGGAUUGGGAUCAGCAUCAUCAGGUCUGCGGUACAUCACGCGCAGAGAACAGCUUUCAGAAGCACACCCAGAGCUCGCGUACGUCUAUAGCGUCCCGUUCGACGACGCCCCAGCAGCAGAGCAACAGUACAUCGAACGGUACGGCAUCCGCCGCAAAAUGACGGACUAAACCGCUGAAACCUAAGAAAAAGUAUCUGUGCUAGUCAAAUUAUCGUAGCAGUGCGAAUGUGGUUCGUCUGAAGGUUCUACCGGAUCAUCAGGAUCGUGCAAUGCACGGUGCAGGAGAUCUGUUUCGCUAUCUUUCCUAUGAUCCCCAUCGUUUUAGGGCCCAGCUGGUAGGCUUCAGUAAUUUUAAACGUAGACAAAAGAUACGAUCUUUUUUUUUCCCUCGAUUGCACCUAGCAGCAAGUAUGAUGCGCUAGUCCCUACAGUGGACCCGAUAGUGCGUAGUGUUGAUUGGUUGAUCUUGCUAGCUAAAGUUAGUUCAAUACCUAAGUUUCGAUAAAUACACACAGUGCAAUAUGACAGAUUCCUUUCGUUGUCCAAAUGGGGAGGGGGGCUUUGUCCUUAAGUAUAUGAUAACACGCGAGGGCAGGUGGUUUUUAGGGAUAGCAAACAAGCAGCCAAACGAGUAGAAUUUGAACGAUACUAAAUCCCAAAGUAGAUGUUGACCAAAAUAACUAUUAAAAACUAGCCGUAGCUAUUGUGUAAGCAAGCAAGCGAAUGAAAGAUGGACGUACAAUUACUACAAUACAUUGGAGCGCACCCUACGCGCACUCACAUUAGCAGUAGCAGUCUCUACCAACACCGAACGACACAAUUCGCUGAAUGCACCGUACCACUGCACCACCACUGAUCGUUUCUUCUCGUGUAAGCACUACCAAAACCUCCCCACAAUUACAAAUACUAGAAUUCAACGUCUAAUGAUCGAGAGUAGUGUUGCGGUUAGAGUAUCGGUUCCGUUUAAGUUGGAAUAGGACGCAAGCGUUAGUGGUCGAGAUGUUUCGUUUCUUUCUUUGAACAACCGACUGUAAGCCCACCAAGAAAAAGAAGGAAACGCACGUUACAUGACAAACUUAGCAUUUUCUAGGUGUUGUUUUUUAAAGGAAUUAAAGAAAAAAAAAAGCUAGCUCAAGUUGAUUGGUUGAUGACCAAUUCUUCAGCAUCCUGUUUUAGCAGUCUUGACACUUUUUGUUUUCUUCUUAAAACGGGCAACGGUUUGUGUUAAGAAGUACUAACGGUCCUACUAUUUUGUAGACAUUCUGAUUGUUAACUAAUUUAUUUAUCUAACUUUAGCGUAAUUUUAUUUCCCGUUCUAGUGUAGCAACGUUUUUUGUUUUCUACAGUCCCAAUACCGCAAACCCGUAGCAGCACAAGAUCUGACUAAACAGGCAUGUUAAAUUAAGAAUGUGACUCUUGAAACCCGUAAAACAGGAAUAAAGUACGUGAUUUAAUCACCUAGAUGCGUUAUUUGGUUAGAGCUCCCCGCCGUUUCAACUUUGCGCGUUUCUAGUGCUCCAGUUUGUUGAUAUACCCGAGGUACCCGGGGGACCAGGGGGAAGGCCCGUACCCAUAAAAAUAGCAUUGACAAACAGCAAACGCACCAUUACUGCAGUACUGUACAUAGGCUACCACUUUCUGUACAACUUUAUCACAAACUCUUUGUCACUUCGACGUCGUGUAACAGCAGGCGAUGUAAAAUUCAACCACUAAUGAAGAAAUAAAAUCCAAAACUGUAUUUGUAAAACCGAG